AUGGCUGUCGCGGUUGCUGCUCCCAACAUGGCGGCGGUCAAGGAACCCGCCGGGACGAUUCCAGCCAGGAGGCUCACCAAGGAGGAGCUUCUGAAGUCACAUCAGGCGUAUCUUGAGAAGCAAGAGAACGACCCCCACGCGCAGCACGAGCAUGCGCAUGCGCGCCCAGUGAAGCAGCCCAUCCUUAGUGAGGCAUACCCUCCCUCGACUAAAUCGAUCAGAGAACUGGAAAUUAUUCCACUGAGUGAGCUCCGAGUGGGAGAGCACCACAGAGGAAAGGCGAUUGUUGUCAAAAUCGCAAGCCCUCCAUUCAUUGGCGCUGGUGCUGUGAGCAUUGUGGAAGACGAAUUUGGAAAUGCCGACAGGCUUGCCAUAUACAACCAGCCUGACACCAGCAUUUUGUCAGCCGUGCCUGAGGGCUGCAUUGUGGCUGUCAAAGAGCCGUUUUACCGGCACAACGGCUCAGAGAAUGACUUUAUGAUCUGCGUCGACCACCCAUCCGACGUCAUUCUUCUGAGGUUUAAUGAUCCGAUCAUCCCGGAGCCGCUCAGGCUAGGUCCCCUCCUUCAGACAGCCGACGAGUGGAAGAAUGCUGGCGAUCGUGCAUUUCUUGAGAGGGACUUUCCCACAGCCGUAUUCUGCUACUCUGAAGCGCUAGAAUCCUCCACAGACCCCUCCUUCCACGCAUCAAUCUACUCUAAGCGUUCGGGUGUCAAUCUCAUCCUUGGCCGCUAUGAUUCCGCGAAAGCAGAUGCUCUUAAAUCCCUUAAUUCCGAUUCGCCUUCACCACAUGACUGGAAGGCUCACUAUAAUGCCGGUCGUGCUCUUUACGGUCUUUGCAAGUAUUCCGAAGCCAUGACCCAUCUCGCCAAAGCCCUCGAGCUUAAUCCCAGCAAUUCAUCGGUCCAACGCGAUCAUGAACGUUGUGCCGCCCGCCUACGCGAAGAGCAGACGGGCGAGUAUGACUUUAGCGCAAUGCUGGCUUCAGCUCAAAAGAGUGUUCAUAUCGACUGCGGAUCCUUUCUCAGCAACACCUAUGUCGGAACUUCCCCUCUUCACGGUCGUGGUCUGUUUGCUGCGCGCGAUAUUAAGGCCGGCGAGAUUGUGUUCGUGGAAAAGGCGACAUUAAUGCCAAACCAGUACGAUCCGGCACGGUCAUCGGCCGCUCUUUACGCCCUCACCGUGCGCCAGCUUUGCGAGAACCCGUCUCUCUCCGAGACACUUUUGGAUCUGUGGGAUGGCGGCUACGAGCGGUCUGGGAAGGAAGGUACCAUUGUUGAUGGCGUUCCGGUUAUCGAUGUGUAUUUGGUGGAGUCCAUCCGCAUCAAGAACUGUUUUAGCGCACCACGUUCGACCUUUGAAGACACACGGCCUAGUUGGCCCUCUCACAGGCAGGCUCGGGGUCUUUGGGCACAUGCCAGCUACAUGAACCAUGCUUGCGUAGCCAACACUAUGCGCUCGUUCAUCGGGGAUGUGUUCAUCAGCCGUGCAACUCGUGACAUCAAAGCUGGCGAGGAACUCUUCCAGCAAUAUGUUCCUGUACGGUCACUUCCCGAUGUCCGCAACAAGCAGUUCAAGGACGGUUGGGGCUUCGAGUGCGCCUGUGCUCUGUGCGCAGGGGAGAGGCGCAGUUCCGAAGCUGCGCUCGCCAGGCGUAAGGAGCUGCUGGCCGCAGUCGAGAAGCUGUGCAACAAGAAGCUGCCCCGCAAAGAGAUCCUGCCAGAGUCGACGAUCCGCCCGGUCGAGAAGCUGGCUCGGCAGCUGGAGGAGGCGCACGAGGCAGAUGUGUAUGACGGCUUGCCGCGCCUGACGCUCAUCUACCCGUGCAACUGGCUGAUUGGGGCGUAUCGCGGGCAUAAGAACCACACUAAGGUGAUCAGGUACGCAAAGAAGGUGCUGCGAAACUUUGGGUUCCGCGUACCUGAGGAGGAUGGCGGCGAGUGGGAUCCGAGGGAGAUCUACUCGAAGUCGGGUAAUGCUACGUUGAUGACGGUUCAUGUGGUUGCUGCUUUGAGGAGAAUGGCCGAGGCCUACGAAGGGCUUGGGCAGAAGGAAAUGGCUAAGCGGUGCAUCGAGGCGGCGAAGUUUGGGUACAUGAUGGUUACAGGGUUUGAGAAUGAUCUAAGCAAUCUGGAUAAGUAA